AUGGUGCGACGGGCCGUGCAGCUGCACGAGCAAGUCAGUGACGCAAUCGAGCGGAUUCUAAAGAGCGAUUUCUACCUCGCUGCGGGCCAGCUUAAGCCGCGGCUGCACGACGUGCCCGAGCUAUCAGUGUCGGUGAAGCUGCUUCCCAGCAAGAGCGGCAAGCAUGGCGGCGGGAGAAAGGAGCAGACCCCCGUGCAUCCGCGCAGGCACGCGGAGGGAAAGGGAAGCGUGUCGGUCGACGCGAUUCGCCUUGCCGAAGCCGCAGCCGACGACGCCGUCGCCGUCGCCAGCGUCGUGAAAAGCGGCGAGCGGGCGAGCGACAAAGACGCGCGCACGGGCGGAGAGGAGCCUCCCCCGCGCGCGGAGCUGGCGGGGCUGGCGGGGCACGCGCGGGAGGAGGCGAAGGUGGAUCUCCGGUGCUCCGCUGGCGGCGGCGGCGGAGGAGGAGGAGUAGCAGAGGAGGAUCACGAGGAGUGCGAGCAGCUGGGGUACCAGCACGCGUAUGAGAAGCAGGCGGAAGUUGCGCGCAAGGGCGGGCAGGCGGACAAGGGCGUUCCGGGGGAGCGCACGGUCGAGGCGCGCGUGCUGAUGUCGAUUAGAGACGCGCUCGAGAUGCUAGACUGGCACCUGGAGCAGCUCAUGGAAAUGGAGCUGGACGAGCGGCGCCAGGUCGUGGACGAGGUGCUGCAUUUCGCGGCGGAGGUCGCAUGCACGCCCUUCAACCCCUACCCGCCCUCGCCCCCCGGCCCCACGUAUCUUCCGCUCAUCUCCCCCGCCGCCGUCCCCUCCGCCAUCUCGCGCGUCUCCGCGCGCCACCAUAAGCAGCACCAGGCUUCCGCGCUCGCCCACGCCGCCGCGCACGCGCACGCCGCCGCGCAGGGGCAUCCCCUCGCGCGACCUGCCGCGGAUGCCUCCGCGCGGGCGCACCAUCGGCAUCGCUCCCCCAUCCGCGUCAAAGCGGCGUUGCUCCCCGCGCCUCCCCCGCCGCCGCCGGCGCCGCCGUCCUCGUACCAGUCGUCCCCGCCGGUCUCCCGUGCGCGGGCCCCCGGCUCCUGCGCCAGUGACGGGAUCCGCGCGGAUGGCGGCGGAACGGCGCGCGGGGGAGAGGACACGGCGGACGGGCAGCGCGGAAAGGCAGGCGGGGAGCGCGAGGUUGAGUUGCGCCGGGGAAGCGCGGGCGAGCGCGGGAACGGCGCGGCAGAGGGCGGAGUGCUGGGUGCGCGCGCGGAGGGGGACGUGGUCCGCGGGGCGGAAGGAAGGGGUCUGGGUGAAGGCUUUGGCGGGGAAAUGGCUGGUGACGAGGGGAUUCCGCGGGUGGUGCGCGUGCUGGAAUUUGCGCAGCAGGAGGGGGAUGCUGACGGGGGAGGCUGCGCCAGUCGCGGGAGCAACGCGGAAGGGUUGGGGAAGGGCGCGAGAGGAAGAGACGAGAGGAGGGGAGGGGGCGGAAGGGAGAGGGGGGAGAAAGGGGAGAAAGGGGAGAGGGGGGAGCAGCGGCGGGCAGAGAGGCAAGGGCAGGGGGGGAUGCGCGUGUUUCUUCCGCGGGUGCUGCCAUGGCAGCACCAACAUCAACAUCAACACCAGCAGCAGCAGCAGCAGCAGCAGCAGCAGCAGCAGCAGCAGCUAUAUGGGCAGCAGCAGCCGUACCACUACCAGCAGCAGCAGCAGGCGCUGAUGGCCCCAGUUCCCCGUCGCAAAGUGUCUCCGUUACGAUCACCUAACCACACACACACAAACACGUACUUAAAGAGCUCUCCUCACAGCGGCACGGGGAACAAGAGCGGCACGGGGAACAGAAGCGGCACAGGGAAUAGGAGUGGCGCGGGGAAGGGUCAGAACAGCGGCAGGCGAGGUGCAGCAGGGAAGGGGGAAGGAGGCAGGGAGGAGGAGGAGAAGGAGGAGGGAGGACGAGGAGAAAGAGGAGGAGGAGGAGGAGGCAGAGGGGAGGAGGGGCAGGGGAAAUGUGAGGAGGAGAGGGUGUUGAUUCAGAUGAGUUCAACGGAGCAGAAGAAAGGCGCUUGGAAGCCUGGUCGGAACCCCCCUGGGGGUGGCUCUGAGGGCCGUUGGGUGGCCUGUGAUUGGCGGCUGGCGCUUGCUGAGGGGGAUGGGCGGGGAAUGGGGGGGCGUGGGGGGGGUUCCGCCUGUGGUGCUGCGGGUUGGGGGGGUGAUGGGCGCAGGGCUGGGCUUGUGGGCGGUGGCGCAGAUGAGGGGGAGGGGGAAGGGGCGGAAGGGGGAGCGGGGAAGGGUGCUGAUGUGGGGGGAGAAUGGGCGGAGGCAGCCAGUGGGGGUUGCAGUGGGGGAGAGGAGGAAGAGGGGGAGGGGGAAGAGGAGGAAGGGGAAGUUGGAGGUGACUUGGAGAAAGUGCACGGGAUGUACUUGGGAAGUCGAGGAGGGGAGGAGUGGGGGGAUGAGAAGGUGAAGAGGAAAGGGUAUGGAGGCACUCACAUGGAGAGUGGUGGCCGGAGCAGCAGCAGCACUGUUGGCUUGCAAGGGAGCCGCAGCACGUUUGGGAGCAGCAGUGGGGGGACGAGGGCAAGUGGGGGGUCCGAGGGCCUGAGCAAUGUUAGUGUUACGCAACCACGCGGUUACACGCAUGGGCGUCGGUCCAUUGUGGGAGGUGGAAAUGGAGUGGAUGAUGGUGAAGGCAUGAGAAUUGGGCAGUGGGCAGCAGGGAACGAGCGCAAGGAAGGGGCGCUUGAUUUGGCUAGAGGAUGGUUGCAUAAGGUGGGAAAGGUGGACAUGUGA